AAACUAGGGCGUGGUGCUGGCCACCCACACCCCCUCGUGUGCCGUCCCGGCCUUCAUAGGUGCUGUUCGCACGCAGCAUUUGCCUCCAGUCUGUGAAGGCGGCCGUGUGGAAUGUUUGGGGGGGGAGCACAGAUUCUGGCUCAAGAUAUCGCAACUUUAAAAGGGCUGCCACCCCACCCACACGUACGGAGGGGAGGAUUACAUAACGCAGCGCGAGCCGGGGACUCGCUGAUGGACGAGGAGGAGGAGACGGUUCAAGGACUCGCUGAGUCGUUCAUGAGCUGUCACGCCUGUCAGUCCACAGCAACAUGGAGCUUGCGAUGAUGGGUCAUCAUCAUCACCACCGCCACCAGCAGCAGCAGCAGCUCGUGCUGUCACCAGCAGGAGGUUUGAGGUUCUGGUGUUAACCAAUUCCCCUCUCGCCUUGUUCGGAAAGUGACGGGACACGCGUUGAGGACGAGGUGAUGGCGUCCACUGGCAACCUGAACAUUUCCUCCGGUGCAAGUGCCCACCCCGCUUUCCAGGACACCCUCUACGUGGUGAUCUACAGCCUUCUCUUCCCCGUGGGACUGGCAGCCAAUGCGCUGGCCCUCUGGGUCUUCUGCCGCCGCCUGCAGCCGCUGAAGAAUGCCGCCACCGUCUACAUGACGUGCCUCGCCACCACCGACCUGCUCUUCGUCCUGUCGCUGCCCUUCCGCAUCUCGUACCACGCGCACCGCCACUGGAUGUUCGGCGAGGCGCUGUGCAAGUUGACGAGCGCCCUCUUCUACGCCAACCUGUAUGCCAGCGUGCUCUUUCUUACCUGCAUCUGCGCCGACCGCUACCUGGCCAUCGCCCACCCACUGCGCUUCCCGGGCGUGCGCACGCCGUGUGUGGCGCGCCUCAUCGCGCUGGGCGUCUGGGUCAUCGUCGCGCUCGGCACGGUCCCCAUCUACCUGCUCGAUACCACCAACGCCAAGCUGGGGUUCGUAAAAGCCGAAACCUGCUUCCAGGGCUUCUCCGAGUCGGACUGGGAGACGCUCUCCGCCGUAGUGCUGACGGUGGAGCUCGUCGGCUUCAUUGUCCCACUCUCCAUCAUGGCACUGUGUUCAUGCGGCAUCGUCAGAGCCCUGCGCCGCGUGCGCCGCGACCGCCGCCAAUUCCUCCACGUCCAUCUGGGCAACGCCAAGGCCCCGCGGGGAGGGACUGCCGCCACCGACCGCCCAACCGGCCAUCGGGACGGCGACGGUGACGACGACGGCGGCGGAGAGAGGGAUGACGACCUCAGCAAGGUGGGCCGGCUGGUGGUCAGCACGCUGGCCAUCUUUGUCAUCUGCUUCGCGCCCUACCACGUCGAGAUGGUGUUCUAUAUGCUGCUCCGGCGGAAAGCGCUGCGUGGCUGGGCGAGCCUGGAGCAGGUGGUGCGCUUCGCGCAGCCCGUCACGCUCUGCCUCGCCAGCUCCAACUGCGUCCUUGACCCGCUCAUCUACUACUACCGCGCCAGGGCCUUCCGCCGGGCGCUCACGCUGGGCGCUGGCCCUUUCUGCAGCGGCGGAGGGAGCCGCUGGCGCCGCUGGUGCCGCGGUCGGUGGCCUUGGUCGGUGGAGGAGGAGGGACGGCAAUGCUCCAGUGAGCCGGCAGUCAUGAUGCUGCGUCCUGACACCUGAAGGGGGUUUAUUGGAGGUCCCUGUGGGACGAAGGCAGGCUCCAGUUGUCAUGAGCGGGUGGACAGUACUCUGGUCAGGGCAGGAAACUGACAAACAAUAGGGAGCGGCUCUGCUCUCUGAACAAAAUAAUGAUGAAGUGGGUGUGGUAAAGCGUUGAGGCGGGGUGUGGGGGCGCUGUGAAUCCCAGGCUGUUGUGGGCUCGCCCCCAUCAACAGGCGGUGAAGAAUGGUGGUGGGUGCCAUGGUGGUGAGAUGUUAACUACUUCGCCUGGUAUACAGGAGGUUGUGGUUUUAUCCCGACUCCCAACGCCUGCUGUAUAUUUGGAGUUUGUGUUUU